UGUGUUAGAUAAUGUGACGAUAAGAGGUGCGGAAAAUACGAUUAAUUACAGGGUGUUUGAGUGGCUCGGUCCACAUUAUUUUGAUUCAAUUUCAUUACAAGAACGUAGUUUAAAUUGUGGAAACUGAAUAUGAUAAACCGUUAUUAUAGUCCAUUCUUUUAUUGUUAGGUUAGGUUAGGUGCGAAGCUAUUUCAUCUGAAUGAAAGUCUUCUAUAAACUCGACGAAGAAGACGAAGAAAUUCUUAAAGCAUAUGCAAAUAAUUUCCCAAUUUAUUUUAAUAAGUGUGGACGUAUUCCAUCAUUCCAUCAUACUCAUAAAACUUAGCGCAUAAAAUUAAAAUAAAAUGGCGAUUUGACAUUCAUGAUAUUCCAAUUUUGGUGGACGAUAUUUUUUGUAUCGUCUGUGUUGAUAUUUUCAAAUGCAUAGUCAUUUAUCAAUAACUGAUUGAAUUAGCAACAGUUUUAAUGAGCCGCGAAAUUAAUAUAUUUAAAUUAAAUUCGAUUUUAUAAUUCAAAACAAUUCUGAUUAACACUACACGAUUUACCGUCUAUAUAAUUAGUAUGGAUAACGUCUUUGAUACGAUUAAUAAGAAAGCAAUUAAGGAAAUUGUAUAAAACUAGUUUUGACAGUAAAGACAACGACAUUCUUAAAUAAUCAUACGAAGUGUCAAGACAUUGGAGAUGUCUAUACAGAAAGUGGAAAAGAAAUGUUUUAGUUUGUGUUUUAAUACACCGGAUCCUAUUAGACUUUCCGAAAGCUCGAGCGGUUACGAUAGUCCUGCUGUCAGUUCAACCAGUUCACAAGGAAACGAAAGCCCUUCGUUUGCUGGAAAUCCGUCUUUUGCUAUAAAUGAACCAGAAUUACCCAAUGAACUAUCAGCUCCGUACGAAGUACCUCAAUUUCCUAUCGAACAAAUAGAAAAGAAAUUGGCCAUACAGAGACAAUUAAAUUGCAAGGUAUUAGAAGACAAACGCAGUCAAUAUGAACCUUCAGUUCAAGGUACUGCAGAAGUUGAGGAGCUUGACGAGCACGAUUUGUACGUCCCCCAUUUCCAACGGGUUUCAAUAUCCGGAGAGGAUACUAGUGGAGUUCCCCUUGAAGACUUGGAAAGAGCUGCAAAACUCAUUAUCCAAGCUUUGAAAAUUAGAAAACGCUAUAUGGAGAUGUCUUGUCAAAAUUUCUCUGCUACGGUAGGUAGAUUCUUGGAUCCGAAUAAAGAGCAACGACAACAUGAUGAGAAACAGUCGAUUGAAGACCACGGUAUUCAUCCACCCAUACAUACACCAUGGGAAGCACCCAAAAUAGGCGACACAGCACAUACUUUCAAAAACGAUCGUGGGGUUUAUAAAGUUUAUAUGAACGAAGAGGACAUGAACAACGACAAACCUUGUAACUACGAGUAUCCUGAUGUCAUUACUUUCACCGACGACUUUUACACCAUGUGUAAUAUGAUUGCCGAUGGACCAUUAAAAUCAUUCUGCUAUCGCCGUCUAACAUAUUUGUCAUCGAAAUUCCAAUUGCACGUCCUGCUCAACGAACUGAGGGAAUUGGCUUCGCAGAAAGCAGUACCACAUCGAGAUUUCUAUAAUAUACGUAAAGUAGAUACACACAUACACGCCGCAUCAUGUAUGAAUCAAAAACAUCUUUUGCGAUUCAUUAAAAAAACUUUGAAGACUAACGCCGACGAAGUAGUGUCCAUAACUAAAGAAGGACCAAUGACACUUCGUCAAGUGUUUCAGUCAAUGAACCUUACAACAUACGAUUUAACGGUUGACAUGUUAGACGUUCACGCCGAUCGUAACACUUUCCACAGAUUCGACAAAUUCAAUGCUAAAUAUAAUCCGAUAGGAGAAAGUAGACUCCGAGAAGUGUUCUUAAAAACAGAUAAUUACGCGAAAGGUAAAUACUUCGCCAAUAUUAUUAAAGAAGUUGCUAGCGACUUGGAGGAAUCCAAAUAUCAGAACGCCGAGCUCAGAUUAAGCAUAUACGGUAAGACCAAAGACGAAUGGGACAAAUUAGCUAAAUGGGCGAUAAACGAAAAUGUUUAUUCUGAUAAUGUUCGCUGGUUGAUUCAAGUGCCCCGACUUUUCGACAUUUUCAAAUCCAACAAAGUAUUGAGCUGUUUCCAAGAAGUGAUUGACAAUAUAUUCCUUCCAUUGUUCGAAGUGACUGCAAAACCAAGCUCCCAUCCUGAGCUGCACAAUUUUCUUCAGUACGUUAUUGGAUUCGAUUCAGUAGAUGACGAAAGUAAACCGGAAAAGAAUCCAUUGUUUGAUAAGGACACCGCCACUCCAGAUAAUUGGAACGACGAAGAAAAUCCUAAUUAUGCUUAUUACUUAUAUUACAUGUACGCUAAUUUAACCAUAUUGAAUCAUUUUAGAAAAGAAAAAGGACUGCAUCCUUUUGUUUUAAGACCUCAUUGUGGAGAGGCUGGACCGGUACAACAUUUGGUUUGCGGGUACAUGCUUUCCGAGAAUAUUUCUCACGGUUUAUUACUCAGAAAAGUACCAGUUUUGCAGUAUCUUUAUUAUUUAGCUCAGAUAGGUAUUGCUAUGAGUCCUUUAUCAAACAACAGUCUGUUCUUAAAUUACCAUCGCAAUCCUCUACCAGAAUAUUUAGCUAGAGGUCUAGUGGUAUCUCUAUCAACAGAUGAUCCCCUUCAAUUCCACUUUACUAAAGAACCUCUGAUGGAAGAAUAUAGUAUAGCAGCACAAGUUUGGAAACUAUCCAGUUGCGAUAUGUGCGAGUUAGCUAGAAACAGCGUUUUAAUGUCUGGUUUUUCACAUAAGACCAAACAGUACUGGUUGGGUCCUAAUUAUACUAAAGAAGGCGUUGCUGGAAACGAUAUAGCGAGAACGAACGUACCGGAUAUAAGGGUAGCUUUUCGCUAUGAAACUCUCAUAGAUGAAUUGUCCAACAUUUUCAAACCGCAUCAGUCGAAAUGUGUUUAAACAUUUAGAUACAUCGCGUUAUCUCCAUUACCAAAAUUUCUUCUACCAGAAUCCCGACAAUAAUAAGUAUUGAAACUAAUUACUGACGCGAAACUAUGUAAGUACCAAUGUUAUUCAAUGUAACAUUGGAAUUAAUUAGUAACAUUAGUAAAACCCUCUGUUAUGUUCCAUUGAAUAUUGGAAGUGAUUCAAGGGGAUCAGUAAUUAGUUUCAAAUGAGUAGCUCCGUGUGUAGAAGACAUACAGUUAUGGAUAAAUGAGCUUAUAAUGUAAUUGUUUACAAAAGUUCCUGAAUUCUCAUUAUAAGUUACUUUGAACUAUCUGAAAUAUGUUUAUCAAAAUUUUUUUUCGCGGUUAUAGUACAGGCAAAUUAGGCGAUUUUGAGCCAAAACCUCAAAUUAAAUUGGGCGGUUUUGAUUUUCUAGAUUCUUGGAGGUUUUAGGACACUGAAUAAGUCUAGCAACUUGUAACAAAAUUACGGGUACGGAUUUUCGAAAUUUUGCGACUUUAAUCUCAAAAAAUAAACGCUAAUAACUCGAAAACUAUGAGGAAUUCGGAAAAAACUGCUGUAACAAAAAAUGUAGAGUUUUUGUAUAAAAUUGAAACUGAGAUUCUAAGCUUCAAAAUGAGUACCUACAUUUUUGUGAAAAAGAAACUAAUAAGAAGUCUGUGAAUAUUGAAGAAGUUCAUGAAAAAAGUUUUACGCGGUUACCUUGUCGGUAUUUUGGUAUGGAUAAUUUCUAGCAUUAUAACACCGCACUAAGUUGAGAUUCUUACGGUAGUAUGAAAAAACUUUCACGCGUUUACCUUUUCAGUUUUUCCGGCAUAUUUCUCGUCGUGGAAAACAGGCUGCCAUUUUCAUUUGUGGUCGGAACGAACAGCCAAAAAUACCCCGUUUUGUGAUUAACUUUUAUCUAGCGGUUUACGUACUCAAACGCCGUGUACCAAAUCGAUGCUGUUUUAUGUCUAUUAUAACAAACUAAAAUUUUAAAUUUCGUUAUCAACUAUUUUACUCACUGGACAUUUCAUGGUAUAAUUGAACAAUAUUCAAAAACACUCACAGUAAGCAAACUGGUGAAAAAUGUUUAAAAUAGAGUCACGUUUUUAGUGACUUAGGGUUUAAUAAAGCUAUAAUCAUUAUUCUUUAAGCUUUAGCCAGUCUGACUUUGUAAAUAUCAGUUAUAACAAAACACUUUGGAGGACUAUUUUUAUGUAAAAUUCAAAAAUCUACAAAUUUGAGCAGAUGUUUUUUUAUCUUAAUUUUUCCGUUUUUCCUAAAUUCAGAUUUUUAUCAACUUUUUGUCACCCCUUCCCGAGGGAUGAUUCUAAAAAAAUCUUGAUAAAUCUAUUUCGAAUAAUAGUGCAAAAUAAAUUAUAUUGAAAAUAUUCAGGAACUUACCCAGAAUUCGCAUUAGAGGACUCAUUUUCUUGGACUAAAAAUAAGGAUCUACUUUAAUCCUCCCAUCAACUUGGAGAAGAAUGUUGCGAAACAUAGACUUUCUGGGGAUGCCUCUGGUUAAGUGCUUCAUUAUUUGUACUGAUUCGCAGCAUAUGGUUGUUCUCAAUAUAUUUUUAAUUCAGAGGAAAAAUUUUCCACUUUGUAAUUACAACUUCCUUUCAUUCAUCCAUUGAUGUAUCAGACACAGGCAACAUUCACAGAUACAGAAAAUUUGUGGCAUUUAUUCAUAUAAAAGUUUGGGGCCCAGUGGCCUUGGUUCUCUACAGUUCCAUCUAUUUUGUUACUUUUCGCAGCUUCACUCCCAGUAGAUCAGAGGCAUAAGUGUUGAUAUACAAUACGAGCUUUGGAAAAAUGUUGAAUAUUUAUUUGACAAUGUUCAAAUUAUAAUUUAUUUGAAGUUGUUAAUUGUUUUAGUUCUUUUGUUUGGUUACAACAAAAACAUUUGUCAUAAAAAAUCCAUGCAAAUUGCAUUUUUAUUUGUAAUUACGAGAAAUUUUUAAGGAACAUUCUAAAAUUUUCCAAAAACAAUAUUUCUAUAAUUGUGAUGCGUUGUUUUUUAAAAUUUGUUUUAUUUAAAGUGGUUCAGAAAUUAUUUUAAUCACUUUCAGUUCUUAUGAAAAUUAUGACAUUGAAAAAAUAUAUAAUUUAUGAUUGUACUCCAAUGCAGAGUGCAUUAUUUUUUAUUGUACAUAAAGUGUAAAGACAACAAGGCUAAAUGGAUAGUAACCUACCAACGAACCUCCAAGAUUAAGGUACUACCUGAGGAAUUUAGUCUUGUGCCUGUGCCUUGACUUUUUUUUUAAAAUCCCAGUUAAUAUGUAUUAAUAUAUUUAUUCCGGUGGUCCAGAAUUAUGUACAAUAAUUUCUAAAAUUGAUAGUUCGUCCAAAAAUGAGUAAACUUUUUUAAACUGAAUAAAUCAGUGAAUUGGGGAUCUUAUUUGUUCCUGCAAAGUGUUAUGAUUAAAAAGCUAAUAUUUCGGAAGUCAAUAUAAGACGUUAUAUAUGUCUUUGAUAAACUUCAUCAUUUCAAAUUUGCCUCAGUCCACACAGUCACACACAAAUUUAUGUACUAUCACCUUAACGUCUGGUAUACACUUACCUUACAAAAGCCAUGUUUGAUAUAUUGCUUUGCUUGCUGUUGUUUUGGUUACUACGCCCGCCAAAUUUCAAGUUCUUUGUCCAUAUAAUCUUUAUGGAUACUUUGAGAAUACAAUAUCACUAAAAGACUUGACCUUUGAUGACAUUUUUCGGCUGUUCCUUGAAUAAAAAGUUGCUUUCUUCAUAUCUGAGGUAGGUCUCGUUGCCUACCAUCCAAAUUAAGGUGAUGUCCAGCUCCAUUUCUUUUAGGUUAUGUUUACAAUCCUUGACGUAACUUAAAUUUAAUAUUCUGGGUCUUUUAUACCAAGUAAAUCACUGUUUUCAUUUUUGUUUAUCAUUGAUGCCUAUUUUGCUUUUAAUUUUGUUUUUUUUUUUAAUAAUCACCGAGGAAAGAUGAAGAGAGGUAAUUGCUUUUUUUAAGAACUUUUCGAUUAACAUGCUUCUUGAUUUUCCUUUAUUUUUAAACUCCAUACACAAGAAGUUGGUAAAAUUGAUAUAUGCUAUCGCCUACUCCAUUCCAUAAGAAUUAGAGUAAAUAUAAAGAGCAAGAUUCAGUGUCUUAAUUUUCAAUUAAUUCACAAAAUUUGUUUCCUCCGAUUUUUCAAUGCCAAAAUGUAAUAAUUUGAACUUAGCUAUAUUUUUGAUUCAGUGUGAUCGAAAAUGUAAUUUAAUAACCUCACUUACAUUUAAUUCAUAUGGUAUGAGAUAGAUGAUGGUGUAAUAAAAUAUGAAAUUAGUUUGGAAGAAACAAUAAGGUUUUUAAUCACUUUUUUUAAGGGUUAUAUUUCCCUUAUUAUUUGGGAAAGAAAUUACCGUGAAGAAGUACUUGUAGAAAUUGAUGUAUAGAAAUUUGGACAACUUUAUAUAAUUGGGAACGUUUUAUAACAUUAUAAUAUUCUUAUACUUCCUUUGUAGGUAUUAGUAUUUACUUAUAUUCAAUAGUUGAAAUAGGAUUGUGAUGAAAUAAAGCCUUACUUACAUUAGUAAUCUCAUGAAUAUAACAACGCACGAGUCGCGCUCCGCGGCGUAUGGUAGAAUGAACAGUUUGCGGGAUAGUUCGGAUUUGAUCGCGGAAACCGUUGCGGAUGUCGUUACGAAAGUUUCCACUAUAAAAAUGGUAACUAUCUAGUCCUAGUAUAAAUUUAUUUUGAAAAAAAAAUUGUAAGUAUUAUGGAUUAGGUAACAGUAUAUCUAUGAAAAUAAUUAUAUUUAAAUUAGAGUUUUGGAAACAUGUCCUAACAAUGUUAAGGAUCCAAGAGAAUUCACUACUUACAAUAAUUUUACCGUGGUUGUCCCUUAAUAUUUUGGGUCCAUAUGGUCUAUUCUCUAUUUAAAAUUGAUUGACAAUGUAUUUACCAAAUGUUAUUCAAAUAAUUAACUUUCACCUCCAAAUUAUAGUAAACUAAAAAUGAAAUGUUUAAUAUCUUGAAAGAAUAGAAUUUUUGUCUUUAAAACGAAAAAAAUUAGGUUAUACUAUGAGGUUAUUCAUCUCAUCUGUUUUCAUUCAUAUGUCCGUUAAAUACUUCGUACUUUUCAUUUUCCAUAACGACAGGAGAUUUAAAUUUUCGUAAUAUCCAUUUCAUUUAAAUAUUUUUCAAGUGUAAAACUCAUUUUUUUUACGACAUUUAAAUAAAUCCAAAUUAUAAUAUUAGUUUUAAACUUGGGAAACUGUUCGUAGUCGUGAUUGGUAUUUCAAGUCAUAUCGAGAUGUUAUGCCAGUACAUUGUCAUACAUACCAUAAUAUUUUGAGGAAACAGAGCAUAAGAAACUCAAUGUUAAAUUUGGGUUAGCUACUUGUGCUCGACCCUUCUGUAUUCCUGCUUUUUAUUACUGUUGCAAUGAAAAACAAUUAUAAGUUCAACAAUAAUGAAAAGCAGGUACACAGAAAGUCCGAAAAGGAUCGAGCGUCGGGGGGCGCUCGGGGUUCACAAGCGCAGGUAGCUGACCCAAAUAUAACAUGACGGAACGGUGUUUCCUCAAAACCUUACGGUAUAUUCUUAUACAAACUAACGUCUACUCGAUCGCGAUUCGCUGCUCGUGCUUUUGUUGAUUAAAUGUUGAUAGUUGAUCGGAUUAUAUUGAUAUUUUUGUAAAAUUUUUGUAUCCUUUUUUUAUUUCAUAAUCAUUAAUUACUCUAGAUAUUAUAAGAGAAUUGUUGUAAUAUGUCAUUGAUAUUUAGUUCUUUUUUUUAUUAUAGUUCUAUAUAAAUGUUUAAUCAUCCCCAGUUAACUAUAUAAUGAAUUAAUGUCUGAAUUAUUCAUUUUUACGAUUGUUGUGAUAAUUGUUUAAAAAAAUAAAAUUUAUGCAGU